CGCUCUUUCUCAUUCUAACCAAACAGAGAAACAAAUCCACAACAUUACACGAUUUCACACUCUCUUUCUCUCUGUCUCUCUAAACAAAUAUCUAUAAGAAUCAAUACAGAGAGAGACUCGAUUUGAUUAAAAAAAAAAAAUGGCUCGGAUCAGCAACACUGUGGUCGCAAUCGUGAACGGCAUAACACUCCUGAUCGGCCUCGGGAUCGCCGGAUUGGGCGUGUACCUACUCGCUACUGGUUCCUCCAAUUGCCACAAAGCGAUCCAAACUCCGUUGAUGGUAACGGGAUUGGUACUCUUCGUGGUGUCUUUACUAGGGUUUUUGGGAUCAUGUUGCAGGAACAAUUUUGCGAUGGUGGUUUAUUUGGCGUUGAUGUUUUUGCUGAUUGUUGGUCUGAUUGUGUUCACGGUGUUCGUGUUUUUGGUGACGAAUCAAGGCGCCGGGGAGGUGGUGUCGGAGAAGGGGUUUAAGGAGUAUAAGACUGCGGAUUUGAAGAAUUGGUUGGGGAAUUAUUUUGUCAGGGAUGGGAAGAAGUGGGAGGGGAUUAAGAGUUGUUUGACUGAAGGGAAGGUUUGUGGGAGUUUAGGGAGCGGUGGUGGUGGUGUUGAUGAAACGGCGUCGGAGUUCUAUAAGAAGAAUUUAUCUCCAAUACAGUCGGGUUGCUGCAAGCCACCAUCAGACUGUGGAUUCGAAUUCAAGAACGCAACGUACUGGAUACGACCGAAAACCGGGCCUGCGGUGAAGGACAGUGACUGCAAAACAUGGAGUAAUGAGCAGCAGACGCUAUGCUACAACUGCAAUUCUUGCAAGGGUGGAGUUCUUACCAACAUAAGGAAGGAGUGGAGGCAGUUGCUGAUAUUCAAUGGCAUUGCUAUUGUGGUCACCAUCAUCGUAUAUACAGUUGGUUGCUGUGCUAGAAAUAACAACAGGAUCCCUAAAAAGUAUGGCUACAGAGCUUAUCCUUGAUUGAGGUAACUAGAUGUUUGUUAGAAUAGAUGUUCCAGUCAGCUGUUUAUUGAUUUGUUGACAUUGGGAUUCUUUGGAACAGUGAAUGAAUGCUCGAUAUUUAUUGUUUU